GAAGGAGCCGUCAUUUCAAGAGCAACCAAUACAUUUUAUAACACGUCUCUGAUACGUGUGAUAUUUACAGACGUCGAUCUCUUAAACUGUUUUGCUUUAAUAUUAAAGCGCGUUGUUUGCUGAGAGGGGUUUACUCAAACAUGGCAACCGUAUAAUUCUGUUCCGGGAGACCAAACGACAAUCGUAAAGUGUUGUGUGUUUUUAGGAGGAGGUCAUUGGAAAGUGAGAUUGCACGGUCCGUUGGCGGGUCUGUCUGUCGUGGGGGGCAACUACUGAGGGUAUCAGAAUUUCUGAUACCGGGUAGUAUUCAUCUAGCCUGACAGCGUGACACAUGCGCGACUGAAACCAAAAUGCUGCGUCUGCUUGUACGGUUAAGGCCAUCAGCCAGCCUCUCACGGCCCGGUGUCCUCUCAAAAUCGGGACGCCCUCGGACUUCACCGGUAUCGUGCCAUCCGAAGGGUCUCCAUUCAGGUGGAUUAUAUCGAGCUCGGGCUUCGUGUCAUAGUAAUUAUGUUUAUUAUGGGGUCACCAGCAAAUCAUCACUGCUGCCACUGUUGGACCAAAGUAACAGUUUCCGACUCAACAAACGAUUCUACAGUUUACCCCCACAUCAGAAGGUGGAGCUACCAGCUUUGUCCCCAACUAUGCAGAUGGGCACCAUUGCCCGAUGGGAGAAAAAGGAAGGUGAUAAGAUAAAUGAAGGUGAACUGAUAGCCGAGGUGGAAACGGAUAAGGCAACGGUUGGGUUUGAGAUGCUGGAGGAGUGUUAUCUGGCCAAAAUCCUGGUGGCAGAGGGUACAAGAGAUGUGCCCCUCGGGACGGUAAUCUGCAUCACCGUGGACAGUGCUGACCACAUCCCUGCCUUCAAAGACUUCUCUCUGGACAAGCUGUCAGCUGCUGCUCCCCCCUCGGCAGCGUCUGCACCUCCUCCCCCUCCUCCCUCCACCUCCUCUGCUCCUCCCCAGGCCCCCGGGAGCUCCUACCCGUCUCAUAUGAAGGUGACGCUUCCAGCCCUCUCUCCCACCAUGACCAUGGGCACAGUCCAGCGCUGGGAGAAGAAGGUGGGCGAGAAACUGAACGAGGGAGAUUUGCUGGCAGAGAUCGAGACAGACAAGGCAACUAUUGGUUUCGAAGUUCAAGAGGAGGGCUACCUGGCCAAGAUUAUGAUCGCAGAAGGCACCAGGGACGUUCCCCUCGGAAUGCCCCUCUGCAUCAUUGUGGAGAAAGAGAGCGACAUCUUGGCAUUUGCCAACUACGUAGAGACUGGAAUCGCUGCAGCUCCUACUCCUCCACCACCGGCCCCCACUCCUCCGGUGGCCCCACCUGCUCCAACUCCAGCACCCGUGUCUGGCUCCGCUGCUCCUCCGGCCGGGCCCAGGAAAGGCCGCGCGUUCGCCAGUCCGCUGGCCAGGAAGUUGGCGCAAGAGAAGGGCAUCGACCUGGCACAGGUGUCCGGUUCAGGCCCAGAUGGCAGAGUAACCAAGAAAGACAUUGAAAGCUUCGUUCCAGCCAAAGCAGCGCCUCCUCCACCUGCUGCCACUCCUGUGGCGGCACCUGUUGCCCCCGCAGCUGCCCCCUCUGCCCCAGCUGUGGCGGCCGUGCCCACGGGCACCUUCACCGACAUCCCCAUCAGCAACAUGCGCAAGGUUAUUGCCCAGAGAUUGAUGCAGUCUAAGCAGACCAUCCCACACUAUUACCUGUCGGUGGAUGUUAACAUGGACCAAAUUUUGGAACUAAGGAAAGAACUCAAUAUGGAGCUGAAAGCGGAGAACCUCAAGCUGUCGGUGAAUGAUUUUAUAAUAAAGGCUUCGGCUUUGGCCUGUCUCAAGGUGCCUGAGGCUAACUCCUCGUGGAUGGACACAGUCAUUCGCCAGAACCACGUUGUGGACGUCAGCGUGGCAGUGAGCACUCCUAAUGGCCUGAUCACUCCCAUCGUCUUCAACGCCCACAUUAAGGGCCUGGCGUCCAUCAGCAAGGACGUGGGCUCCCUGGCAGCCAAAGCACGCGAGGGGAAACUGCAACCUCAUGAAUUCCAGGGCGGCACCUUCACCAUCUCCAAUCUGGGCAUGUUUGGAGUCAAGAACUUCUCAGCCAUCAUCAACCCUCCGCAGGCCUGUAUUCUUGCCGUGGGAGGGUCGGAGAAGAGACUUCUGCCAGCAGACAACGAGAAAGGGUUUGAUGUAGCCAGCAUGAUGUCCGUGACGCUGAGCUGUGACCAUCGGGUGGUGGAUGGCGCAGUGAGUGCCCAGUGGCUGGCCGAGUUCCGCAAGCUCCUUGAGAGGCCGGUCACCAUGCUCCUGUGAGCAGCGGACGCCGCGUCUCGCUUCUGGAAGAACACCAGUGACCACUGAGACUUGAAGACGCCUUAUGAAUAUAAGGGUUUCACUCUCAUUGUUUGGAGAAUAACUGUAACUGUACCUCACUUCACCUCUGAUUUUCCUUUUUCCGCAAACUGGUAUAUUCAUCUAUUGUGUAUAUUUAUUGUGUUUAUUUCCUCAGAGCCAGAAACAUCAAACAUCACAAGUGACAUGUUAGUGUCAGUGGAGAUCCGUUUAAUGAAUUACAAGAUUCAGCUGAUGAAACUGGUAUAGAUAUAUUUUUGUCUCGUUUAACAGAGUACUUGUUACAAGAAACUUCAGUCUGCACAUUUCCUCAGCAGCUAACAAUUUAGGUAGAGGGGUACAGUAAGUGAAUAUUAAUCAAGGUUUUGUUACUUUGCACAUACCAUGACACUUCCAUAUUUUGACACAAAUAUAAUUGUUUUUAAUGGUUACAUAUAGCAUGAAUUAGUCCCACUGUUAUUACAUUGCUACACAUUUGGGGCCACAGAGAGCAGUGGGCUUUUACGGUAGCUCUUGACUUGUAUGGGCAGCCACGCAAAGAGUCCACAUUUGAAAUGCAAAAUGCUAUUUCAAUAUCAAUAUUGAUUAAUUUCAUACAACAUUUUCUACUCCAGUCAGAGGACAAGGUGCCUUGCUCCUUUCUCUGUCAAAUGCGAUGUUUUUUAAUGUUAUUUUAUUUUAUCUUCAUGUUGAAACGCACAACAAGCAGAACAGUGUGAACUGCUGUCAAACACACUUAACAAUUAUAAGAUAUGUAGGUCAAAGUAUAAUAAUGUACAUAUUUUGAAUAAGAAAUUCAGAGAGAAAGAAAUAUAUAAAGUUGCAAAGUUUUCUUAAGGGAAAUACGUAAUAUUCCAGCUGAGAACUUAAUGGGAGGAGCAUAACAGACAUGGGAAAGAAAUUGUCAUAUGUUUUUCAAAAUACCUCGGAAGGGAUGUGAGAAAUAAUAAAAGUAUGAAUCAUCAA